AUAAUACAUAUGCAGCUGAUGCGACUCAGUGGUGCUUAUUGCUCCGUAGAUUCCAUAUCUACGUUUGUUGACAUUUAGAAGCUGUCAAAGCACUUUGAACAAAUGUCAUGAUUUUGUAAAUAACAAGUGAAUUUUUUAGUUUCUCAUGAGUGAACGAACAACAAUAUGGUUUUUGUGAAAAAGAGAAAUCUUUUGCUAUCGUCCCAGUGAGGUUACAUUAAUCAAAUCAAUGCAUUUGUUUACAAAGUGUAUUUUUUUUCAACUUUUCAAUCUCCUGUUUUGGAAUCCCUCGUAAUAUUUUGUGCAAUAAAUAAGUAACGAAAUAACCAUGAAACGUGCCAACUCAGGAUCUCCAGAGCCAUGUAGUGCUGAUACAUUGCCUCCGGAGGCAAAGCGCUCCAAAAUUCUUUAUCAUGAUGAAGUUUAUGUUUAUAGUUUGCUUGAUUUAUCGGACGAUGUUUUACUUCAUAUUUUCAAGUAUCUCUCGUCGUUUGAUUUAAUGUCACUUCAUUUGUGCUGCACUAGAUUGCAUAAUCUGUGUUAUGAUAGAACUUUGUGGAGAACUGUAGAUCUUCGUGCUCAGCAUUUGCCUCUUGAAGAAUUAAACGAAUAUAUGAAAUUUAUCCAACCUGUAACAAAAACGGUUGCCAUACGUGGAAACAAGAGAAAAAGUGAAUUUCCAGAACUCGAUCAGAGUUUUCUCAAUACCCUUAAUUCGAAAUGUGGAAACCUACAAGAGUUAAUUCUUGAGGAUUACAGUAUUUUACGAGGAAAUAUACAAAUAAAAAACUUUCCCAGAAGUCUUCAGAAAUUAUCUUUUAAAGGUUGUCAAAUAAUUAAGGAUGGUUUAAAUGGAGAGAAUAAUAACAAAUCUUAUCUAUGGGGAAUUGAUCGUCAUAUGCCUAAUUUGACGUGCUUGAUACUUACCAAUUGCAAUUGGCUUAAUUCACACUCAUUCAUGGCAAUUAGUAAAAUAUCAAAGCUUAAAGAAGUAAGGCUGAAUUCUUGUCAUGGGUUAAGUGAAGAAGUUGCAUAUGCAAGCCUUGCCUGUAGAUAUGGACUGAAAUCGCUAGAGAUAUUGGAUUUGCGAGAUACGUUUGUGGGAGAUAGUGUUGUAAGUAGUUUUAAUCAGACAUCAACUUUAACUGAAAUAUAUCUGGAACGUCCCAGUUCUGAAACAGUGCAGCAUCGCCCAGAUGAGCGUCCUCCACAGCAAGAAGUACUGCUGGUUCAGUUGCAGCGAGGACCAGAAGCAAUACACCAAAAUCAUCAGGUUGUUAAUGGGGAUGCUUUCAAUCGUUUAAUUUUUAAUAUGAUUGAUGAUACAGUAAGGGGCAACAUUUCUGAUAGGUCAGUAUGCGCCUUAGGUUUAGUUAAUCAUGAAAUCAAUCAAGAAAUUAUACAAAAUCGUAAUGAAGUACAAGUCGUUCAAGGCAGACCACGUACUUCCACGAAUCCAAACCUAAAAAAAUUAGUUGUAAGAAAUUAUGCAGGAGUUACUAAUCAAACGUUGAUUAAUUUUGUUGUUAAUGGUCCAAAGCUUGAAUAUCUUGACGUGACAGGCACGUCCGUUACGAAAGAAGGAUUACAAUUUUUCAAAACUAACCGGCCUAAUGUGACUAUUAUUUCAUCUUUUGAUGAAAUAUAAAUCUUACUCUGUGAAUAUAAAGUUUUAAAAUAUAAUCUAUAUAUACAUAUGUAAGAUGGACAAUGAUGCAUGUUUUGUAAAAAUCUUUAUAUACCUUUAAAUUUUAUUAUUUAAAAAUAGUGCAAUAGAUUGGUUUGAUUAUUGGCAAAACAUUUUAAUUUAUUCUGCCAUGAAACUUUGCAAUGUAAGAAAUGUUGAAAUUAUUGUACAACUUGAAUGGCUUAUGAUUGUGCUGAAUGUCAAACUUAAAUAAUACCUGUGUUAAAAUAGGCACUACGCAUUGAAAUAGAAUUAAGUCUAUCAGUUGUACUAAUUUUGCUAUAUUCUAGUGAAACUGGAUCAUCAAUAUUUGUACAAAUAUUUUUAUUUUUAAGUAUUGAUAGACAUUGAAGAAUUACUCAGAUCUAAUUUGAAUAAUUUUAUAAGAUUGUGUAGAAAAAUGAUUUGCCUUUAAACAUAGGUAAAUGCUUACUUUUGACAAUUCAUAAUAAUCUAAUUCUACUUAGUGUGGAUACUGAAAUAUUGUUUUUGGCCGUGUUAUAGAAAUAACUAUUGAGGUGUUCCGUGAGAUAUAAAUACCUAUUUUUAAACCAUUGGUACUACCUAUACGCAAAAAAGAAGGAACAGAAAUAAUAUUUUGUAGUCAAUUAAUAGAUCUAUGAUUCGCAUAUACGUUCUUAUACCAAUUGCUUCUAAUACCAAUUUAAUAUCAUUAAAAUUAGACCAAUCAUGUGUUACGCUUUAUUUGUUUACCCCAAGCGACUGACAGUGUAUCAGGAUAAAAUGCCCUGUAGAUUAAUAAUUAUUAAUGUUUACUUACCCUAGUGGAAAUAAAAAAUGUAAUAAAGUGUAAUAAAAUAUAAGAAAAUGUAACAAAUCGUACCAUUUUGUACGUUUUUGUUGAAUUUCGGACCUUUUCUACGUUUUAUUGCAGUUUGUUACGUUUUAUUUCAAUUUAUUACAAAUCCAUUAAUCCAGAAUUUCAUGGGGGUCUCUUCUUUGAAACGACAAAUGUAACAAUACGUAAAAAAGUAUAACAAAAUGUAAAAAAUCGUUUGUAAGCGUAAUAUUAUAUAAGAAAAUGGCGACUUUUUUAUUUUCUUACUUCUGCUUACAUCCUAUUACUUUUUCUUACAAUUUCUUAUGCACUUUCUUAUUGACUAUAUUAGGCGGUAAAAUAACAUAUUGUUAUGUCCGAGUAACGAGUAACAAUAUGUAAUAAAAUGUAAAAAAACAAAUCUGAAAAUGUGAGAAAGUGUACAAAAACGUAUGAGAAAAAAGGUUCAAAAUCCAACAAAAAGGUACACUUUCUUACAUUUUCUUACAUUUUUUUACGUUUUAUUACAAUUUAUUACAUUUUUUUCCACUAGGAUAUUAUUAGUUAAACUAAAUAAAGGAUGCGCCGCCUUGACGACAAACAAUUUAGCGAGAGAGAUUUACACCCAUUAAUGGUACAAAUGGCAGGCUGAUAAACUAUAUCACUUGUUAAAUGCUUCCUGAUGUUCUAUAGCAUAUCGAUAUCACAGAAUUACUAAAAUUGACGAGUACACUUGAAGUCCCCCCAAAAUUACAUUCGUAAUUGAAAUUGGUAGUCGUUUCAAAUGCGGAAAAACUGAUGGAUUUUCAUACUUAUGUUAAUUUAAAAUACGUAAACAAACAAUACUUUCUGUAGGGUAAAACAUUGGCAGUUGUGUCAUCUAAUAAUGUGAUCAUAAGCACGACGAUGUUAUACGACUCUGUUUCGAAGAUCGACGUUCGAUACGUGUGCUAUUUUUGAUUUUAUACACUCGUGUGAUUGUUAUUCUCCUAGCUUCGCUCAAAUUUUUAUAUUAGCUCAUUGAACAAGAAACUUUAUUUAUUUAUCAUUUUGUACAUGAAAAUGUAUAAUUCAUUAGAGAAUUAAAUAUACGGAUGCUUUAUUAUAUCGCAUCUACCGCGUAAAUAUAUUUUUUUCAUUUAUUUCUUAUAGUCUGGAUGGGUUUGGUGAUUUUGUCUUGCGAUGCUCUCGUAUACAAAAUUUAUGACGAUAAGCUGACCAGCGUAGCCUCGAUCGUAGCUGUAUAAAAAAAAGACGCUGACCCCGCAAAUAAUUUUUUAUAGCCGGAACCUUAACUCUCCCUUGUCUCUAUAUUUUGAUCCUCAAAUCUCUCACAUCCUGCCUCUCAUUCCUCUCAUAUAAUAAUGCGAACCCAUGUGGACAACUUAUAUUAAUAAAUAAUAUUCAAUAACAUUGAUACAACGCAUCUGCUGUACAAACGUUUCUUUUUCCUGAAUUUGUUUCUCGAUCGGUAAGUGAGGGCGACGGAGAUAUUAACUGUAAUAUCUCUACGACGUAGACGCAGAAGAAACCAAGGACAUUCUUCGUAUUCGAAUAUUUACACGACAAUAAGCCGGCGAGCGUUUAUUAUACUUAUAGCCGUAAGCAUUUUCCAAUUGUUACUCUCAAAAUUUCGCACCGCCAAGACAUGCCUUCUUCAACCUCUCUUUUCGCCCCCUACAGACAAUAAACCACUAUAGCCAAUGAAAACUUUCGUUGGUAAAUUUUGCGGUAACUCCCUCUCAUACCGCGCAUCGCCUUAAAUCGGCAAACAGACGAGCUCCGACGCAUCAGAUUCGACUUGACCGUCGUGCGAACAGCAUCUACAGUAGAUCUUUCAAAGUGCUAGAGUAUACUAUACCUCCGAUACUUUUGCAAUCCGUCGCGUUCGUCGCAAUCUUGUGCCUUGUUAUCCUCAGUUUGGCGUUGCUAGCGUCCGUCGAAACUGACUGCCGCUGGAUAGGAUGUCACGCUCAAUCGGCCAGCGACUGGUGCGAUGUCAUGGGACCAGGAUACAGAGUCAGGAAAAAUUUAACGUUUAGGGACUGCUGGUUGCUGAGGUGAAGUUUUAUAUAUUUGAAGACUACUGACCUGUUGAAAAUAUAUACCUGGAUACAUCCAUGUGGAUAUUCCAUAUGGAUACCCACACGGAUAUCCAUCUAGUUUUUUAAAAAGUCAAGACAGUUAAAAAUUUUCUAUGCGCCUGUUAUGUAUAGUUCAUCUAACCAUUAAUGAAAAUACCAUCCGGAUGGUAUAACACCUAAACUGGGGUUGUGAGCUCAAAAAUAUUCACUUUUUAAUUAUUUUAUAGAAAUUAAAAUUUUUUGUAAUGCUAAAAAAAUUAAGAUUUCGAAGCUCACAACCCCAGUUUUGGUGUUAUCAUGCGGAUGGUACUAACGAAUUUUUAACUGUCUUGACUUUUUAAAAAACUAGAUGGAUAUCCGUGUGGAUAUCCAUAUGGAAUAUCCACAUGGAAUUCACAUAAAUGCAUAUGGAAAAUCCACCUGGAUAUCCAGGUAUAUAUUUUCAACAGGGUGCGUUUCGUAAUGGAUCAUUUUCCUGCAAACCAGAGGAUUAGAUUUUAUAUCUGUAUUCAAAACAAAAUUCAAGUUCAUCGACGAAAUUGUGCGUAUAUACUUCGAUUGGAUUGUUGACAAACUAAUGUAACGCUGCAACUGCUGUUAAAUUCAAUUGAUUUCAAGACUGUAAACGUUCACGAAAUAAUUUCAUAAAAUAAUUUGACUAAAAGGCAGUACUAA